UGAAUUAUCACGUGGUCUGAAUUGCGUGGCAACAAGGAUGUAAACACGUUAGUCGAAUCCGUCCAUAAAACAGACGACGCUGGCAUCCAUGGAUACCAGCAUCGACAAAAACUGUAAAAACCACCGACCUCACAAGGCAUCUUGAAGUACUACAAAUUGUUAACAGCAUGAAUAUCGAAGGACGAUCGCUAAUAAUUGGCAAGAGGUUUUUGGAGACCGAGCGGGUGAUUAUCAGAUGAUAUCGCCAGGUUAUUACUCCCAAGAAUGCAAUGCUCACAAGCAAUGUAAAGACCCAGUAAAAUAUUGCCACAUGUUUCUUUGCGUCGACUGUUUGAAAGAAAAUGUAGCCUGCACACAAAAUGGUCAGUGUUGUCCUUCAUCAGAGUGUAUCUACGGACGUUGCAAGACUGGGGCUACCGCCGGACAAGCAGGCGCCUUCUGUGACAGGCAAAGUGACUGCAAAGACCAGGAUCUCUGUUGUGUCCGUGAAGCUGCCAUCAAUCCCGCCAUCUCGAUUUGUAAGCCUGCUCUAGACGAACAUCAAACUUGUGGACCGUACAAUCAGUACCGUACACUGUACAUUGGUGGUACUGUGCAACCGGCCUGUGGUCCAUGCAAGCAAGGAUUGACUUGCAAGCAAGUAGGUAUAUUCGGCGUUCAUCAAGUUUGUCUCCCAGAAGCAGCUCCGGGUGGAAAGAAGUAAAUCAGAGUUGAUAACGAACAGACCGCCUCAGAGGCAAUGAUCAUGAAGCAACCUCGGAAUUAAAAAAAAAAACUUCCUUGUGUGCAGCCAGCAUUGCCGACCUGCAAUUGCUUAGCAAUAAACUUUUUAAGUGCGCGUCUAAUCAGCGUUUAGCUUUUCUAUGAACGAAAAUCAAUUUGUAACAGUGUUUAGUGUAUGCAUCGUUCACUUAAGCGAGUGUUAUUCAAAGGACUUCAUUUUGAUUAAGUCAAAUUGUCUGGUAACUUUGCAACAAUAAGAACGGUCUUCUGAUAAACGUAAUUGAGUGUGUCUUCGCAGAGAUACUCACUGCAAGAUGUUGAACGACAUAAUCAAAAUAAUCGGACCAAACAUGCAUUUAUUCUUAAAAUUUCCAGGAGCUAAAAAUUUGAACAAAUUAAGACUUUCAGCCGCAGUUUCUGCUUUAAAUUCAAAUAGUUU